AUGACUAUUUUUUCCCUUAAGCGGUCCGCCUUAGCUCUAUUUCUCACAGUCAUAGGUAAACCGUUCUUUGCAAAGAAUUGGACCAGAGGCACGAACCACCUGAACUGCAUCUCGCCAUUGUACGCUCACCAUGGGAGUGAAUUAGCCGCUUACAACGGGAGGCUUCUGUUUCUGAGGAGCAAUGGGGGGUCAGUGAGGAGUUGGAAAGAUCAGCGGAAGGGUAGGCGAAGCCGCGACGGAAAGUUAAACCGCGCAAGAGGGGGUAUGCGCAUGGAUGGCCGGCUUGAAGCACAAAAUGGUGCGAUUAGGGACAAGCAUAUGGAUGAGCAGACCGACGAGCGUCGAGUUGAGAAGUGCUCUCCACGCGCCUUCACCAUCAGAGACAUCGGGAUGCUGAUCGGCGGCCACGUAACCGUCAUGAGAGGAACCUUCAAACAGUGCAGGGGGGUCAUUCUCGACAUUAAGAAGACGGACAAAGAUGAGUACGAGCUUCUGGUGGUAAUCAACAAAGACGAGGCGGCCAAGUAUCCGAAGAAUAUCCUAAACAAAUUCGGAAAGAGCUACUGGUUUAAUGUGAAGGAUGUGCAAGUGGAGAGGGUGAAGGAUUUGUUAUUCCACAGGUAUGAGAACUUUUACGACGAGAAGGAGAGGCCCGCGGAUGGGGACCAGCAGGAGAUUAAGGAGCGGUUCGGCGAGUUAGGUGUCGAAGAGGCAAACACAAUGGAUGGGGGAAAGGUAUGUCACUUGAGUAGAGACGAGGCAAGUACAUUGAAAGGGGGAGAGGUAUGUCACUUGAAUAAAGACGAGGAAAGUACAGUAGAAGGGGGAGAGGUAAUCCAGUUGAGUAGCGAGGCAACCGAACGGCCAGACCUGAUCACCCUGCAGGAGAGCCUCAUCGAGGGGAAGAAGAGACCAAGGAGAAGCGCCUUCUGCCACACAGUGGUGAAGGAAAUAGAGAAGAAUUACCUGUACGAAGAUCUGCUAAACCUGUACAAGGAAAAGAGACACCUAGCGAACAUAGUGGUGUGUUUCUAUAUCCUAAAACAGUUGGUGAAAAUCUACAAUUUUGAAAAAGAAAGCGAAAGUGGGAAAAAUGCUUUCCUGAAAAAUGUUAUUUACAAUACCACGUUCGAAAGCAUCCUAAUAGACAUAUUAAAAUUUUUGCAGAAAAAGGAAAUAUAUAGAGUGGUGGAUAAAACAUGGCUUCUGUGGAUUUUAGUGAAGUUAAAGAUACACAAGGAGGAAAGGUAUAGAUCCACCUUCGAAGGAAUUUUAAAUCACCUUGUCAAAUAUCUUACCUACGAAACAUUGAAAAAAAUGAACACCAAAAGUUUGUGUGCAAUUAUGUGGAGUCUGGCUAAAUGUUCUCAUAGCAAAAUACAAAUAUGCGAAAAAAUAUACAAAAAAAUUGUGUAUUUUUUGGAGAAGUACACUUCUGUGAUGUCUUGUCACGACAUAUCUAACAUCUAUUACUCUCUUGGGGUGAUUGAAUAUAAGAAUGGAGAUUCUUUUUUUUAUUUAAUUGACGAAGAAAUAAAAAAAAAUAUAAAUAAAUUUUCAGUACAAAAUCUUAUGAAUGUUCUCUAUGGAAUGACAAAACUUAAGAGAAACAACUCCACUUUUGCAAUCGUAAAGGAUAAGUUGCUUUUCCACUCUUCCAACAUGAACCUUCGAAAUAUGAGUUUGUUACUCUGGUGUCUAAAUAAGAAUGAGUACUACCACGUGGACGUUAGCUUCAAAGAUAAAUCCUUUCAACAUUUAAAUGUAAAGCAAGCCAUGCAAUUGUUAAGGUUUUUUAAUUACAACAGAGAUAAGUAUGUGGAUUACCUCAAGUACGUUUUGAAUUUUUUAUUCAUGAAUAUCUCUAAUUUGAGCAACCAAGAAAUUUCCUUCCUUUUUUACUCCUUGUUUAAAUUAGAUUUGCUCAAAAAUAGUAGAUGCUUUGUAAAGGUUCGUACGAAUAUUAUCCAGAGAGACUACACAGGAUUCAACUUGAUAGACCUCAACAUGAUUCUCCUUUCCAUGAACAAUAGCAAUAUAUACGACAGAAUUUUACUGAACUAUCUGUUUCGCGCCCUCAGGGGAAUUCUUACGCGCGUCCUUCAGACGGGCGUCCCGCGGAAAGUCACCACCAAGGAUCAAGUAGUCAACAAGGAUCAAGUAGUCAACAAGGAUCAAGUAGUAACCAAGGAUCAAGUAGUCAACAAGGAUCAAGUAGUAACCAAGGAUCAAGUAGUAACCAAGGAUCAAGUAGUAACCAAGGAUCAAGUAGUCAACAAGGAUCAAGUAGUAACCAAGGAUCAAGUAGUAACCAAGGAUCAAGUAGUAACCAAGGAUCAAGUAGUAACCAAGGAUCAAGUAGUAACCACGGGAGAAGUGAUAACCACAACACCACCCGCUGAGCCCCUCCACAUAGAUUGCACCAACUUCAACUACAUAAUGAAGAACCUUUCAGAAAUGAAAAUUUUCGACCAAAGUAUCAUCCUCAAAUAUGCUCUUCUCUUCUCCAGCAACCUUGCCCACAUCAGCACCGAUCACAUAUGUGACUAUCUCUUCUACACCUUAUCACUGAGCCACCCCAGGGGGAGGAACCAAGCGGGGAUGAAUACAGAAGGGGAGGAAAAAAUUCAAAUGGUAGACGCUUCCAAGGGAGAACUAUCCACACCAACCUCCCAUGACAAAAGGAUCGGCCACUUAGUGAGCUCCAACGAAGAGCUCACCUUGAAGGAAGCCAAUUUCGGAAAAAUCUAUCAACACUAUUUAACCAAAGUGAUUGAAUUUUUGAAGGAAAAACUAUCUCAUUUGGACGCGGACAUAUUUCUUGCCCAUUUGGAGGAACUGCAGAAUGGGAAGAAGGGAGAAAACGCAAUGGAGGGAAAAGAGGAAGAAGACAAAAUCGAUACCUUCGUGUUCAAUUACCAAACGGAGAAGAAACAGGAGCAUGUACAAAAACUCAAUGAACUCAUUUUGGAACAAACCACCAACCAUGGUUCGAAGGCAACUAUGCUGGUGGACUUAGUUUCGGAUAAAGAGUUUUCUUCCUUUGUCAACGAGGGGGAAGACAACUAUCAUCAUGAUAAUGAUGAAAAUAUAGAAAAAACAAAACAAAAAAAAAAACUUCAGCCAUGCACAUCGAUCAGUUCGCUCAUUCAUUUGUUCUACUCCCUUGCGUCCUUGAACGAACUUGAAAAGGAUCGAGUUGAUCACUACAUGGACAAUUUGUACAACGUCGUGGAGAGAAAAAAAAAUGAAAUAACAGCCUACCAGUGGCUGCUCAUCAGGGACAUCUUCAAGAUGGUACGUGUGAAGAGGAGCGCCGAUUGGGAACUUCUCCUCGACAAUGUAAACACCUACGUUAAGGGUGACGAGCAGGAGGGAAGCGCGCGUUUUGAGACCAUCAACAUUGAGAUAUAA